AUGACGAAUCUUCGAAGAAAUGGACAACCUUCAUUACACAACAUUAGAUUCCUGGACUUUCUCAAAGACGAUACUAGAUAUCUUAUUUUUCCAAUGGCUUUUAAUGACCACAACUUGCAUGGUGAUAUUAAAUCAAAUCCUACUGCACAGUUAUGCUGGCAAAUGCAAACAACCAAAGAAAUCUAUAACCUAUCAGGUCGAUUCUACAUAACUUCCUCACCCACAAAAAUAACUCGGUUUCCAGCUCCAAAAAUCAUCACACCAAACCAAUCACCCACUGAUACUGACAUUUCGGCUAAGGAAUAUUGGGAAUCCCAAAGGCGACGUUUCUGGACUUCGUUAUCCUCACAAAAUCGUGCAAUUUAUACAUGGCCUCCAUCGGGUGAAAUGCUUAAAGAUGAUAAAGAAGCGUUUAAAUGUUUAAAAUUAGACGAUAUGCUAGAUAUUGUUUCGGGGUCUAAUAAUCCUGAGAAAGUGCUGCAUGAUUCAGCGUUUGACAAUUUUUGUUUAUUAGUGUUUAAGGUUAAUGAAGUUGUUAGAUUUGAGUAUGGUGUAUUUCCAGCGAAAAGAACCGUCUACAGUUUGGACGACGAAGGAAAGGAAUGGAUUGUUGAAGGAUUAAAUCCUUAG